UAUGUUUCACGUAGGCUGGCUUCUGGCUAACCUUUUCAUUACAACUUAAAGUUAGUCCUGCUAGGUCUUAUUCUCAAACCGGAUUGAUAUAUAUUUAGGUUUUCUUGAUUUAAAAGCAAAAUAUUGGAAUAUGAGUUUAAUUAUCAGUUACCCGUCCUUAGUUUUAUUAUUUUGUAUAGUUUUUAAAUCAACAAAUGCAUUAUAUUUUCACAUUGGAGAAACUGAGAGAAAGUGUUUCAUUGAAGAAAUUCCUGAUGAAACUACAGUUCUUUUAAACUAUAAAGUGGAACUGUACGACCCUCGGAGUGGUGGUUUCAUGCCUUCAAGUCCAGGAAUUGGAAUGCAUGUUGAAGUGAAAGAUCCUGAUGGCAAAGUUUUGCUUUCCAGGGUUUACAGUUAUGAGGGAAGAAUCUCUUUCACUUCCCAUACCCCGGGCGAACACGGGCUGUGUUUAUACUCAAACAGCACAAAAUGGAUCGGUGGAACUCAGUUGAGAGUGCAUCUGGACAUCCAAGUGGGUGAACAUGCCAUCGAUUACGCCACCGUGGCACAGAAAGACAAACUGACAGAACUGCAGUUGAGAGUUCGCCAGCUGCUAGAUCAAGUUGAUCAGAUAACUAAGGAACAAAACUACCAGAGGUAUCGAGAAGAACGGUUCCGUCAGACGAGUGAGAGCACAAACCAGCGUGUGUUCUGGUGGUCUCUGGCGCAGCUGUGUAUCCUGCUGGUCAUGGGAGUGUGGCAGAUGAGACAUCUCAAGAGCUUCUUUGAAGCUAAAAAACUUGUGUAGACCUUGAGUUCUCGUCCUUAUUCUACGCUUUUGGGGAAUGUCUGGAAGAAUGUUUUCCUGUGAGGAUGAUUUUGUUUUUGUUGUUUUUCCCAUGAAAAUGUUCAUUCAAAUGAACUCAGGACUUGUAUAAGUGUUGAUUGUAUUGUUUUCCAAUUUGUACAGUAGUAGAAACUGUGUAUAUAUAAGAGGUGAAACGUGUUUUUAACAUAAGUAAAAUUAUUAAAGGAUGGUUUUUCAGUUAUUUACUUGUA